CAACACAUCGAUCCCGCGUCAGCCGCUGUCAGUUGGGCCAACAUGGCGGUGGACUUCACGGCCAUUUUCAAAAUUCUCGUCCUGGGCGACAGCAAUGUGGGCAAGACGUGUAUCGUUCACCGAUUCUGCGACGAGCGCUUCUACGACACGUAUAUAUCCACAAUCGGCAUCGACUUCAAGCAGAAGAUAAUCAACCUCGACGGGGUGCCGGUGAAGCUACAAAUAUGGGACACGGCGGGCCAGGAGCGGUUCCGCACCCUGACCACGGCCUACUACCGCGGAGCCAUGGGCAUUUUAAUUAUGUACGACGUCACAAACAUGGACUCGUUCAACCACCUGUCCUACUGGUUCAGGAAUAUCGAAGAGAACGCGUCACCCGAAGUGGUCAAAGUCCUGGUGGGCAACAAGUGUGACGCGACGCACGCCCGUCAAGUGGAGAAGGACCGGGGAGAGAAGAUGGCGGAGAGUUUCGACAUCCCGUUCUACGAGUGCAGCUGCAAGCAGAACGUCAACAUCCAGGAGGCCUUCGUCACCCUCGCCAGGAAAAUCCGCGAACAGAGGGAGCAGAGGGUGAUCGUCACUCCACUACCGGGCAAGUUCGAAGACAGCGACCGGCUGCAGUGGGAGAAAGCCGACCUGAACCAGAACAGGCAGCCGCCGUCGGCGCAGUACCGCUGCAACUGCUGAGUGACGCCCUCCAUGGAUUGCAGCCGUUCUUCCCUUGUCGUCGUCGUCGCCGCAGCAGCAGCAGCGUCACCGAUGCCCGACUUAAUUUAUUUCCGCAUCCCCGCCGCCGCCGCCGCCUGCCGCGUUUUCCACUGCGUGCUUCGAAGCGGACCUUGGACUAAACGCGGGGACCCGACGCUGACGCCGAGAGAGGGGAGAGGGCAACAAGGAGGAUCGGCUUAUCACUGCGUCGCCCCCCCAAGAAGUGCAACGCGACGCCCUUUUGGUUCCCACACUGGCGCAAUGUGCUACACGCCGCAAGGACGAUCCUGGAAAACGGAGAGAGCUCGGGCCGCGGCACCGCGAAUGCGCGUUCACAUGUGCGCGUUUACGCUUGACUUUUUUUUUUUUAGUUCCGUAAGCGUGGAGAAGCCGGUACACAUUGUGCCCCCUGUGUAAUAUUGACGAGCUUGUUGUAACGAAACUUUGAAGUAAGGAUGUUCGAAUGGCCAAAUUGCCGUAAUGCCGGAGAUAUACUGAACGCGGAACCGAAUGCCGAGUUGUGUUCUAUCUCUAAAUGAAGAGAAAGCGACAUGGAGUGAAAAUACGAAAUCGAAAAUGUUGCAACUAUUCUAUGCGCCUAGAAGUUGAUUCAAUUGAGCAGCUUUGAGAUGAGCAAUAAGUUAAACCUUAUUACAUUUCCUGGUUGGCACAAGGGAAACUUUGUGACCACUGGACGAUAUUCAUGUUUUUAUUUUUAUUUUUUAAUGUUACUUGCGCUCUAUAGUCGGCCAUAGUCGAAUAUUUGGAAAAAUUGAACAUCAUAAUAUUGAAUCGAAUGUACCACGUUUGCGAACAUAAGUAUUCAAUUCGUUUCUGAAAUUUUUCAGAUAUUUGCGCGCCCUUGCUCUGAAGUGAGAAUCACAUGGGAGUUUUCUGACGUAUUUUCUACGUGCCGCUGGCAUGGGUUUGUUUCACGCCAUGACGUCAUACGCGCUGCAAUCGGAAUAAAAAAAGCGUUCCGCGUGGCCGCCGCUAUAAUUGACAACCAAGCAAGACACAGUUAAGUCCUUAUUAUACAGGAACAUACUUAUACACGUUAGAGAAAAAAAGUUUGAGAAAAAAUGAUUAUAAUUACAGUUACUUCACUAAACAUGUAAUUGGUUACAGUUGCCAAUUACUUGCCCAAGAAAGUAAUUGAGGAAAUACUCAAAAGCAAAUCGAUUACAUUUGCGUUACUUUCCGCAAAACCUUUUAACAACGCUGCACAGGCAACGGAAACAGAACGAGCUGGCUUGCAGGCACAAUCAAUGCGUGCUCUGCAGCCCUUCAUACAUUGCGUAGCUUUACUAACAAUUGCUUUUCUAAAGUUUCAUCGGUCAUCGUCUCUCGUUUUCUUUUUUUGUUCAUGAAAACAUUAUCGGCGACCCUGAAAACGCUUGGUGUGCGCGCUGGGGAUUAGGGCGGUGUUGCAGCCUACGGAAAUCGUGCGAACAAGACUGUCCUUAGUCAUCCGGGUCCCCUGUGAAGCGCAGCACUUCGCCUUUGCUCGGCUUUGAAAAAGAUGCUCCUGUUUGGGCCAAUGAAAACCUGUAACAAUCGUCCGUAGGUGAUACCCUGGCGUUAAGGUCUUAAGGGGCGGUCGCUAUUGAGACAUUCCAGCACCGGUUCAAUUGGUCGACCAACAUCUGGUGGAUCGUUAUCAUGAAACAAAUAUUGAGUUCCAGGGAAUUCCUGUCUGAAUUGGCUGCUGCAUAACCCUCACCUCCCCCCCCCCCCCCCCAAAUACACACAUGCCUUCAACACGCACACAAACACACCAAGUUUGGGAGCGUCAGUAGUACUACAGAUUGAUUUUUAUUUGUUUAUUCGAUGGUAUUGGAGAUGCUCUAAACUUUCGACACCGGCUUUUGGGCAACAUUUGAUUGUCACAAGAAGGGACGGAAAUGUCAUGAAGUGACAGGGAAGAAAAUACGAACGUUUUAGCCCCUACGCUCUUGACGCGUUAAGACACUUGCUUUACAAUGCGUACAAAAAUGUACAGCAUCGUAACGAAGUGUCAAGCAGCAACACCAGUCACCUGCUCGGUGGACUUUGUACGCUUCUUUUUUUUUUUUUUUAAUGCGAGGAUAAAUGCCUCAUGGCAUACAAGGGUAUGGGAUGGGGGUGAAUAAGGAUGAUUAAAUGAAUGAAAAAAGAUUUGCUGACUUGGCAGAAGUACGCGUGCUUCCGAGUGCAUGUGCGCAUGAAGGACUAGACGUCACGUUCUUCCAAACGAAGUCGGCGGUGUGCGGGUCCUCGCUGAACCAUCUGAUCAUGGUUGAAAGACCUUGGCUGCCUGCUUUAGCCUCUUCCUUGGAAGCUGAUCCCACGGACACGUCUCACGGAACUACGUUGGCCUUGGCGUUGUGCUCGCAAGAGGCGGAAUGACAGUUUGCGUUAGGCCGCGUAUAACUCCGUAAUCAUUCGGCGCUCUUCACCUCUGGUCACGUCGAGCCUCCUUUGCGGCACAGCAUAUGCAUCAACGUUGUUUACGUGUUCUCAAUAGAUCAUAACGGACUACACUAUAGGCGCGCUGCUGAGUGUCUGUGCAUGGUUUCUAUCAAGCAUUAUGAUUACAGUGCAGUGGCAUUUAGAAGAUUAAUAGCAGGGGGUGCAAAAAAACGAAAUAAUAUAUGUUCAAUAUGUAGACGAUUGUAUAGACCCAACAUGGAAGGCAUGUGGUUCAGUCGCACUUCGGUAUCAAUGGCUUCCCUCAGGCAAGACUUAUGAAUCGAAAGUGUUCACUCCAGAGGCGUCUUUAGAGAAUGUUGUUGCUUGCUAAACAUUAUAAGGUAUUUGGCUCUUCUGCAUGCACUCAACCGCAGCGCACGCUGUUAUAGUUUCCUUGUCAGCAGAAAGCAAGAUUUCCACCGUUAACUGCAGUAAGCUUGUAAUUCCUAUAGUUACCACCGCGUAGGCAAAGUGCUCGAAAGGGAAGCGAUCACGCACAGAAUCUUACGACCAAGCAAAUGGCAUUGCUUUAUGGCGUAUACGGAAUCAAAUCAGCAGCGCACAAUAGGGACCCGGUUGCAACGAAAAAAACGAGAAGGCUUCCCUUAGACCGACACGCUUAUUCGUAAGGACUACAACGCCGACGACAUGAAGGGUGACGCACACGCCGUUUUGCGCUAACGUCCACCUUCGUUCGUGCACCGUCGGCAAUUAAUUUGCCGGCCAAAGAAGAACAGUGGAAGUCUGCAGGCUAGAGCUCAGCUAUGGCAGCGCGUUCGGAGCAUAACGCUGCCGCCAUCGCCACUUAGCAAGCCCCACAAAAGUAGCUCAUAACGUUGCGUUCCCGGCUAAAGUAUAAGCAUGGCCAAAUUACUCAAAUGGCGGAAAGCUCAAAGUGGACGGAGGGACAGUUGUCGCUGCUCACGCAAGCCGACAACUCUCUAAGUAAUCAACGAGCAACUUGGAGUUCUCGCAAAUAACGCUUAUAACUGGCCUUGUCGUGAUUCCGCAGAAUAGUUGUUGUUGAAAACGUUUACUUAACCGGAGGAGGCGCAUCUGUGCCACGCGCGAGAUACAACGUGGCGCUGACAAUGUGUACCGUAAAGUUUGUUAUAUACCUGACGUUUUUCGGUGUGGACCACUUCUUGUACAAAGUGUGAUACUGUUUGCGUACAAUAUGCCUGAAAAAAAAAUAACAAAAAGCGAUGUGUUCAGAGAGCCGCGAGCCCAUGUUGAAGACUCCCAGCGACGAUGUAAGGAGCGCAUUCGCGGGCACAGGGAAUGCACUGCGGCCGCGAUAGUCAAAGAUUGUAAAUACGUUUGCGAAUCUGUUUACGAGAUUUUGUUGAAGAAAUAGGCGAUUCGUGUUUUCCAGGCGCAUAUUCUGCUUUCUUAUGAUGCUACACGUAAAAUAAAACUCGAACCGAACUGAGCUUUCGCUACGCUAAAAGUGUUGCUUUGAUAUUGUGCCAAGAGCCCGUAUGAUUAGUCUUUUCCCGAUGGCUGUUUCUUAACAACGAGCUUCUACUGGCGAGGAGACAAGGUGACAUUUAAGUCGCAUUUGCGAGCUUUUACGGCGUUGGAGCAAAGCUCCACCUCUAGCUCGUUACAAUUAAUUUAAGGGAACCGUUUUAAAUAUAGGAGCAGACUAAUACUACGGCCUCUUGCGAAACGCGCUGGUCCUGCAAGUCUUUGUACAGUCGUGAAUUAAGCGGUAACGCAACUUCUGUUUACCCUGCUGCAUUUGAUGGUGUUCACUGUGACACUAAGCACCACUAAGCGGCGGUGUGUUCGCAGGAAGUUUAAAAUACAGGUAAAAAGAAAACGGUGCUAUAGUGCACUGUGUAGGCGCACAGGUUUUUAUCUUUUGUGCUAAAACAAGUAGUGAAUCUGCCGUAGUAUGCACUGAAUGCUGGAAGGUAUGACAUUGUUAACUGUCACUUUAUAAUCGCCCUGUAUAUUCAAGGAGAUCCGUGCAUGCAGAAAAAAAGACUUGCCGGAUAAAAUCUUGAUUCUUUAUUGCUCUACUGACCAUGCACGAUGUAAGUGCUUGAAUAUAGCGAAAAAAAAAACUCGCUUUUUCAUGUUGUAUAAAGACUGUUGUUCAUGCCGGGGCAACUUCCACCCCAGUCGACAACAAAGAACAUUACCAAAUGACUGUACACGAUUCUUUAUCGUGGAAAACUUUCUAUUUACCAUGUGUUUUGUAUUUCUGGGGGGGGGGGGGGGGGGGCAUAGAACUUGUUCCAAAGUUUGCCUGAUUACUUUAAUUCUGUCUUUCGCCGUACACCUAGCGAGUAAACUCAUUGCUACGGUUCACCCGAGCGUAAAGAGAACAUGGUGACAGCAUGUCUUUUUCUUCUUUUUUUCCCCUCUGUGUGAUUCAGUUAUUCUGUUUACAACAUUUUAUACUGGUUGUACCAGUGAGCCGAAAUUUAAUGUGAUCUCUCCAGUGAAUAAAGAAUUCAAUAUCUGCAACAAUCGA